AUCGUCGAUUGACGCAGUUGUUUUCUAUCUAUUGAACGUGAAGCAUUAAAACAUUUGCUCGUAAAACGAUCUCUGUGUAAAAAUGUCGAAAGUGAUUUUGUACACCUCUGAACUAAGUCCAGCAACACGAUCAACGAAAGUGUUGAUUCAAAUUCUGGGUAUCGAUGUGGAAUAUCGUCCCGUCAAUGUUCUCACCGGUGAGCAAUUGAAGCCGGAAUUUUUGAAAAUCAAUCCGACCCAUACAUUGCCAACACUUGACGACAACGGUUUCAUUCUGUGGGAUAGUCACGCUAUUAACACCUACUUGCUGACCAAAUUCGGAGGCAAUAAUCACGAGCUGUAUCCCAGCGAUAUUGCUCAGCGAGCGAGAAUCGACCAAUUUCUACACUUCGAUGGAAGUACACUCUUCCCCCGAUUUGGCAGCUUGGUAGUAGAGGUAUGCUUCCAAGGUCUACCCGAAGCCUCCGAGUAUUCGUUGAAUCGGGCCACUGAGGCACUCAGUUUUUUGAACAGCUUUUUGGAAAAAUCGAAAUAUCUUGCCGGUGAUAAGCUGACCAUUGCUGAUAUAUCGUGUGCGAGUGUACCGCUAACGUUUCAACGUCUGAUUCCGAACGAGUACAAUAAAUUUGAAAAUGUGAAGGCGUGGAUCGAUCGCUUGCGCGGUGAGCUGCCGUUUUUCGAUGAGAUUCAUGUUGAGAAAUUGAAUGCGCUGGAGAAGUUCUAUUUCGAUAAGAAGGAGUCGAACAAGAAGUAAUUGGAUGAUCAGGGAAAAAAUGUAAAUUUUUUUGGAAAUAAAAUUUUUGUUAUCCGAUCAGACGCUU